GAUAAGAAAUUAAAUAUGGCUGAUGUUUUGUUUGUGUGUAAUGAUUAUGUUAUACGUGUAUUAUUACUUUGUUUAAUUAACUUUCUUGUAUAAUUAUAUAUAUAUGUAUAUGUAUAUAUGGAGGUGUGUGUGUGUGUGCAUGAUUGUAUGUAUGUAUAUAUAUACAUAUAUGUAUAUAUAUAUAUUGCCCGUGAAAAACUUAAAAAAAAAUGAAUGCCACGAGCCUUUAUGUAUCAACGUGUCGAUUAGUUUUACAAGCGGAUGCUGAUGAUCCAAACUCGUGGACAGAUUUAUACAGGCUAGUUCCAUACUUACGGCAAAGCCUGAGUUGUACUGUGUGCUCAAAUUUAUUAAUCGAACCUCAUACACCGACGGAAACUAAUUGUCAACAUCAUGUGUGUCGUGGCUGUAGAGGUGGACGUAAAAAGCUUAAACCUUCGUGUGGUUGGUGCAAGGAUUAUGACAAAUAUGUCGAAAAUGUUCAAUUACGAAUACUGUUACAGUGUUAUAAGAAACUAUGUGAAUAUUUGACGAACACAAACAUCUAUCGAAGUUUGAUACUUUCAGUGUCGUCUAACAAAACAGGUAAUGGUUCAUCAGCAAUCGGUGCUACGAGCCUUAUGGAACUUAUACAAGAAGGUUCGGGCUUCAAAGAUGAAUUUAAGAGUACCGCUGGUCUAUCAAAAUCUGCGUAUAGCAUUUUACCGUGUGUUUAUACAAGUACUACCUCAACCCAAACGCAAGGAAAUACUAUGCAAAGUUCUGAAGCAAUAUCGCAAAGUUUACCUGAAUCACCUGCUAUACGUACUGUAUCGAAUGGAUCUUCAAUAUAUUCUGUGAUGUAUGCUGGUUCUGGUAACAAAAUAACUAUAAAACGGAAAGCAGCUGCUGCAGAUGAUGCAGACAUUGGGCAACGGGAUACGGAUGGAAAUCCACACAGCUCUGUAGGAGGGGUAAAAUGUAUUCCAUCUACCCACUUUAAAUAUGGGACCCCCUCUCAGAAAAGAUCUUCAAAGGGCAGCAAAUCCUCAGGCUUUAAAAAGCCAAGAUCAAGUUCUGCACGGAGUAAAAGAAAAGGAUGCAGAUGUGGCAAUGCUACAGCAAUACCUGGAAAAUUAACAUGUUGUGGUCAACGUUGUCCUUGUUACGUUGAAAGUAAACCUUGUGUCGAAUGUAGAUGCAGAGGUUGUAGAAAUCCUCAUACAGCGGAUGGAUUAAAGAUCCGACCACACAUACCUGAGUUACAUAAUUUACAGUUACAAUUAUCAACUUCUUUGGAUUGUGAUACAUUACAUUCAGAUCCUUUAGGAUCGGUACCGCAAUGUCUUUCAACUUCUCCAACAACAAUUCAAGUAUUAAAUGUCUAUUCAACUCCCAGAUUAGAUAUUGAUAAUGUACCGCAAAAUCUGCCUGCAGCCUUGUUAGUGGGAGAAGAUGCUAUGAUUAGUACUGAAAGCGAAGCUGAAGACAGUGACAUACAAAUCGAUGUGUGAUAAUUCAUGUGACAUUGUCAAAUGUCACGUUCAAUAUAAUAAGAAUAAUCUAUUUACCAAUAAAAAGAUUAUGGUUUUAACCUACAGUUAUAAUAAAAAAAUAAUAAAUAUAUUUUUAUCACUCGUAAAUUAUUUGUAUCGCAACAUUUUAGAAAGUUUAAAAAGUUAAGUUUCUUAUGAAUUCAACAACCGCAAGAAUCUAAAGUUUAAACAAAAUAAUUCAAAAAAUACCACACUGAGUCGGUAGAUUGAUGAAGAGCCUGCAUAAUGUCGGUGAUGUGUAAAACUUGCUUCAACUCGUGGAACGAGGGCAACGCUAGCAGAAGAACUGAUAAUAAAUGUACUAUACUCUGGAACAUCGUGGUGGCUUCGUUCAUUUGGUGGAUGAACAAGUAGUGCAAUUUCUCCUUAGUUGAAAACAGAAUGUCCUUCAUCGAAGAAGUGAAUCCAUUCUGUAUAUUACUCAAAGAAGAUGAAUUUGAUGGCUGACGGGUGAUAGCACUCCAGGUCUAGUUGUCAGUGAAAUCUGCUAUGAAGAAUUUUACUCAACACGACAUGAUUCGUAACGCGGAAAUAUAGUUCGAUUCUUUUCCCCACAAACGUGCAAUGGGGAAAAUUGAAUGAAAGCACGGACUUUCAUUACUGUGAACACAACGCCUUUACAACUCGUACAAGAAGUAGAUACACGAUGAAAUUCGACGUAUAACAUGUUCAAACAGCGUUAUGUAUUUGUGCACCGAAAACAUGCCCCGAAAUUAAAUAAAUGGAACUUCAUUAAAAAUA